ACAGAAAAAAAUAGUACUGAGAGAAGAGAUAUAGAGAGGAUCUAUUUUUGAAGAUAGAGACAAGCGUUUCAAGAAAGGCAAUUCGAAAAACAAAAGAAUAAGCACAAGUCACGAGGGUAGAAGGAUGAGACCACAUUACAUUCUUUGCCCAAACAAGUCGCCAAUGUCAGAUCCCAAAUCUCACUUACUCUGCAAAUCAAGUUAAUCUUUUGUUAGCUUCAUCAAAACACGAAAACGAAACACUUUUUCAAAGAAGAUGAAGAAACAUCCUUCAAUACCCACUUCACUUCUUCUUCCUGCUGUUGUUCUUAUGUUGUUUCUUGCUCCAAUCGUAACUGAAUCGGUUGCUCGGCCAGGCUUCGUCUACACCAGAACUAGAGGAAGAUGCACUCCACAGUACUGGAGCAGCCGGCGAGAGGCGUGGCCGAGGAUGAUACCACAGGGAUCGUCAGUUUCAAAGGUUUUCGGAUCUAGAGCUUACGAGCGCUACCGAUACGAUCUGACGCUGUUGGAGGCGACGUCGAGGAAUGACGACGGAGAAAACGUGUAUGCUAGGCUUGUGAAGGAAUCGACGGCGGCGUUGAUCAACUCCUACUCCAGGAAAGGGUACCCGUAUAGUGCUUGGGAGGUGAAAACCGCCGUGAUUCAGGGUAUAGUCUCCGACCAGGCCGCGGCGGUUCAAGCCCAACGGUUCUACGACGCCAACCGAGCUUGUAAUUAGUUCAUUUUGAAUUCUACUUUUUUAUUUUGUUUUUUUUUAUUUGUUUUUCUUUAACUAUAACUAUCUCGUAAAUUGCAAUUGUGGCCUCUUUCUCCUA